AUGGCUCCAAAGCAUGGUCUUGCAGGCCUCCAAUCUGAGGAACAGUUGGCAAAGCGUGCAAAGAGCUCUGCGACGCCAGCUUCGCGCUCUGCUACACCUGCGGACACCAGUGCUAAGGUACCAUUUAAAGUCGAGUAUCCUAUUAUGGAUAGCGAGAAGAUUCAGACAGAUAGGCAGAAGGAACUGAUGGAUGCGGCCGACUUCCAAGUGAGCCCAUUUGUUGCAAAGGGCGCAAGCAAAGAGGGAGAGCUGGACCAAUACUACACUGUCACCCCGACGAAUGAGUGGGAGCAGAUGAAAAAAUACAACAAUUUCAUCAUACAAGGCGAGGUUUACAAGAAUAAUCAGUUUGUCUUCGUACGGGGAGAGGAUACGCCGAAAGACAAAGAUACAGAGGGUAGACCGAAAGACUUUUGGGUAGCGAGGAUUCUGCAAGUAAGGGCAAAGAAUGCGCAACAUGUGUACGCGCUGGUGGCAUGGCUGUAUUGGCCAGAGGAGUUACCACCACCGUCAGUCAAGGCUUCGGACCAACUGGGCAAGGAAUCUGGUAAGAGGAGAUACCAUGGGAGCCACGAACUCAUAGCAUCAAAUUAUAUGGAUGUCCUAGAUGUUCUCUCUUUUGCUGGCAAGGCAGAAGUACACCAUUGGCUGGAGGAAGAUGACAACUUGCAACACAAGCUAUACUGGCGUCAGACCUUCUGUCGAGAAACUCAGGCACUUUCGAAAUUACGGCAACAUUGCACAUGCAAAGGCUAUUUCAACCCGGAGGUCACAAUGUACAUCUGCGAUAACCCAACCUGCAAAAUCUGGCUGCAUGAUGACCACUUACUCGACGAUAUCCUAACGAAGGUGUACAAGAAGCAUAACUCGAAUGACGGGACCAACGGAGUUGCAAAAAUAAACGGAAAGAAGAGCAAGAACCCUCCUUAUAAGAACGCCUUCAAGGCAACAAUACGAGAAGAGAAUGACGAACCUCCAGUUGCUGUGAUUACGGAUUUGCGACCAAAUGCGGAUCCAAAGACAUGGGAGGAGAGAAUUGCUUGUCCAGAGUGUGAGGAGCUUCUCCAAUGA